GCCUCCACUUCCAAAGCUUUUCCCGCCCAGCCUCCUUAUCGGGCCAUAGAACUUCCUCCCACCCGCGGCUCAAACCUCGAGAGGAGGCCAGGAAAAGAUGGAGGAGGAGCUUCACCAGAGGGACUCACUGGUGAUACUUUGCUGCCUCUACAGGGAGCCUAAAGUCCCAGGAAUGGACUUAGAGAGGGACAGACUCUCAGUCCAGGAGGCUGUGAUGUUCAAGGAUGUGUCUGUGGACUUCACUCGGGAGGAGUGGUGCCUCUUGUCCCCUCCCCAGAAGGAGCUGUACAAGGAGGUGAUGCUGGAGAAUGCCCGGAACCUGCUCUCUGUGGGGCUGCCAGCUCCCCACGAAGACGUGAUCUCUUCCUUGGAGCAGAGGGAAGGCCCAUGGAUGCUGAAGCAAGAAGGCCUGAGGAGCUGCUGCCUAGAAAGAGAAAUUAGCCCUGAAAAGAAGACAAAUCCAACAAAGGUGAGCCUUCCUGUGGAAGAAUUGGACCUACAAAGACGCACGAGUCAUGGUCCCAAUAACUUUGCUUUUAGAGAAUUUUGUGUUGCACCUCAAAACUCAUCUCAUAUUGAACAGCAAAGAAUGCACACUGAGGAAAAAUCUAGUGGAAAUGAGUGUGAAAAUACUUUUAAGCACAGGGACAGCCUUGCUAGAUAUCAGAGAUUCUACACUGGGGAGAAAUCUUAUGAAAACCAGCAGCGUGAAAGGACUUUCAGGCAGUGUUCCAGUCUUCCUGUUCAUCAAAGAAUCCACACUGCAGAGAAACCAUAUGAAUGCAAGCAGUGUGGAAAGACAUUCAGUCAGCGCUUCAAUCUUGUUGUACAUCAGAGAAUCCACACUGCAGAGAAACCAUACAAAUGCAAGGAGUGUGGAAAGACAUUCAUUCAAAGGUCUCAUAUUGUUUCACAUCAGAGAAUCCACACUGGGGAGAAACCUUAUGAAUGUAAGCAGUGUGGAAAGAAAUUCAGUAGCAGCUCCUAUGUUGCUGUACAUCAGAGAAUCCACACUAUUGAGAAACCUCAUAAAUGUCAGCAGUGUGGAAAGGCAUUUAGGUGCAGCUCCACUCUUGCUGUACAUCAGAGAAUCCACACUGCAGAGAAACCAUACAAAUGCAAGGAGUGUGAAAAGACAUUCGCUCAAAGGUCUCAUCUUGUUUCACAUCAGAGAAUCCACACUGGGGAGAAACCUUAUAAAUGCAAGAAGUGUGGAAAAUCAUUCAGUAAGAACUUCUAUAUUGCUAUACAUCAGAGAAUCCACACUGGGGAGAAACCUUAUGAAUGCCAGCAGUGUGGAAAGGCAUUCACUUCCAGCUCCGCUUUAGCUGUACAUCAAAGAAUCCACACAGGGGAAAAACCUUAUGAAUGCAAGCACUGUGGAAAAACAUUCAGGUUUAACUCAACUCUUGCUGUACAUGAGAGAAUCCACACUGGGGAAAAUCCUUAUAAAUGUCAACAGUGUGGAAAGGCAUUCAGUCACAGCUCCAGUCUUUCUGUACAUCAGAAGAUCCACACUGGAGAGAAAUCUUAUGAAUGCAAGCAGUGUGGAAAGGCAUUCCGUCGGAGCUCCAAUCUUAAUGUACAUCAAAGAAUCCAUACUGGAGAGAAGCCUUAUAAAUGCAAGCAGUGUGGAAAGGCAUUCAAUUGGAGCUCCCAUCUUGCUGUACAUCAGAGAAUCCACACUGGAGAGAAGCCUCAUAAAUGCAAGCACUGUGGAAAGACAUUCGAUUGGAGCUCCCAUCUUGCUAUACAUCAGAGAAUCCACACGGGGGAGAAGCCUCAUGAAUGCAAGCAGUGCGGAAAGGCAUUCAGUCGCAGCUCCAAUCUUAAUGUACAUCAGAGAACCCACACUGGGGAGAGGCCUUAUGAAUGCAAGCAGUGUGGAAAGGCUUUCAGUCGCAAUUCUGUUCUUGCUGUACAUCAGAGAAUUCACACUUGUUGAGAAAAGCAAGCAAUGUAGAAAGCAUUCUGGCCCAAUUUAAUCCCAUCCCCAAAACCCUCUCCCUUAUUAUAGUAUGAUGAGCUAGUAUAGUAAAAGUGACAAUCCUACCCAACUUAAUCUACUUAGUGCCAUACCUAUCAAACUACCAAAAACAUUUUGUAGAAUUAGAAAAAAAUUAUAACAAAGUUCAUCUGGAAGAACAAAAGAUCAACAAUAUUGAGAGGAAGUAAUGAAAAAAUGUUUAGCAGUACCAUAUCUAAAACUAAUGUAAAGCAGUAUCCAUCAAAACAACAUGGUACUGCCAAAUAGAUAGAAAGGAGGAACAAUGGAGUAUACUAGGGAAAAUGACCACAGUGACCUAGUGUUUGAUAAAUCGAAAGACCCCAGCUUUUGGAACAAGAACUCACUAUUUAGGAAGAACUGCUGGGAAUACUGGAAAACUUGGGGAAAAUUAGGUGCCAAGGUUAAUUGCAAAUGUGUAAAUAACAAAAUAAAUUGUGAAAUCAAAAAUAAAUUAGUUGAACAUAGAUUAAUAUACUCAUUAGAUCUGUGGAAAAGGAAGGAAUUUAAGACCAAGCAAGAGAUAGAGAGUAUUGCAAAAUGUAAAAUGAAUGGCUUUAUAUAAAAUUUUAAAAGUUCUGUUCAAAGCAAUGCAACUAAAAUUAGGAGGAAAGCAAAAAACAGAACACUUUUAUGACAAAACUCUGAAAAAUUUUUAAUUUCCCAAAUAUAUCAGGAACUAUAUCAAGUUUACAAAAUGAAGCCAUUUCCUAAUUGGCAAAUGGUCAAGGGACAUGAAUAGGCAGUAUUCACAUGGUGAAAUCAAAACUAUCAAUAAGCACAUGGAAAAGUGUAAUAAAUCUCUCCUGAUUAGAGAAAUGAAAAUUGAAAAAACUGAGGUACCACCUCACACCUAGCAGUUUGGCCAAUAGGACAGCAAAGAAAAGUGAUAAAUGUUGGAGGGUGUGUGGUAAAAUUGGGACACUAAUACAUUGCUGGUGGAGUUGUAAAUUAGUCCAAGCAUUCUGGAUGGGGAUUUGGAACUUUGCCCAAAAGGUGCUAAAACACUGCCUGCCCUUUGAUCCAGUCAUACCACUGCUGGAUUCAUAACCCAAAGAAUUCAUAGGUAAAAAGACCUGUACUAAAAUAUUCAUAGUUUAAAGACAAAUUUAGAGUUGUGACUUUAAAUCUAGAUUUAAAUGGUUGUGAAAUAAAAUUCCCAAGUCAGUCUGGAAAUUUAUGGUAAUUUAAUUACUAUAGAGGGAAGGAAUUUAAGGAGAAGAGAGAGGGAGAGGAAAAAGAGUUAAUUUAAACUGCCUCGCUCAGGCUGAGCCAGGCAGGAGUUAAUGGCCUUAGCCAAAAGGGCCUCCCUGAGCCCAAGGGAAAAGGAAGUCAGUCUUAUCACUCACCAUGAGACCAUCUCAAGGAAGCUGUCUGAGCUCCUCCAGGCUAAAUUCCAGGAUAGAACUGGUGCCCAGGUUGCUCACAGGAAGUGAUCAGCCAGAUCCAACUUUCUGGGGAAAGAGUUUUCGAGAGACGAAAAAAUCCCAAAUAUAUAGACCUUUCACCCUUGUGUCUCCACCUUUAAACUUUCACAUCUACCAAUCACAUCAAAGGCUUUCUCCAGGACUGCCUGUACUUUUAGUUCUCACCUUCUUUGAUUAGUUUAUAUCUUUUGAGCUACUUCACACUUCUUUGUUAAGUUCACCUUUUGUUAGUUACUUGACCUUUUUGUGAUUAAUUUAACCUUUAUGUAUUAAGGUCUAAAAAUAGACUUAACUUAAAGUUCUGGCUUCACUCUAAGGUGAGAACUAAGAAGCUUCAUUGUUCAAUUAGGAGAUUACAACUUUAUCUUCCCGAAAAGUAUGUCUAAGUAGGGUGGGGUAAUGUAAAGUACUACAAGACAUUCCUGAUUCUGUUAAAGAGAGUAUCUUUAUUGUUACAAUCAGGAGAUAGCUAAAUCAAAUCUUCUAAAGUAAGGUCUGAGUAGGGUGGCAUAGUUUUAAAAUUCACAAUAGCCAUGCUCUUUGUGGUGGCAAAAAAAUUAGAAAAUUAAGGAAUGCCCUCCAAUUGGGGAAUGGCUGAACAAACUGUGGUCUCUGUUGGUGAUGGAAUACCAUUGUGCUCAAAGAAACAAUGAACUGGAGGAAUUUCAUGUAAACUAGAAUGACCUCCAGGAAUUGAUGCAGAAUGAAAGGAGAAGAACCAGUAGAACAUUGUACACAGAGACUGAUACACUGUGGUACCAUCAAAUGUAAUGGACUUCUCUGCUAGCAGCAAUGCAAUGAUCCAGGACUUUUCUGAAGGACUUAUGAGAAAGAACACUAUCCACAUUAAAAGGAAAAUAUAUGAGAGUAGAAAAACAACUGCUUCAUCACAAGUGUCAUUGGGGAUAUGAUUGGGAUUAUAAACCCUAAAUGAUCACCCUAGGGCAAAUAAUAAUGUAGAAAUAGGUCUUGACCAAAGACACAUGAAAAACCCAGUGGAAUUGUGUGUCAGAUAUGGGAAGGGAUUGGGAGAGGGGAGGGAAAGGACAUGAUUUUGUAAUCCUGGGGAAAUGCUCUAAAUUAAUCAAGUAAAUAAAGCUGGUGAGUGGUGUACAACGCAA